AUGGGGCUGCCGGAAGUCUUCACCUCCACCUCAUUGGAGCUGCAAGGGAUCCAUGCAGUCCGUUGGCUUUCGCGGGGCGACGCAGUGCUCAGGCUCGUCGCCGUCCUUCCGGCUCUCAUCGUGAUGUUGAAGGAGUGGGACGCGACGCUCUAUGCGCUGGUGACGAGCUACAGGUUUCAUUUCCUCCUGUUUUUCAUUGCAGAUGUGCUUGAGCAGCUGAACAUACUCAACAGGGCCUUCCAGCACAAGGAGCUUGAUUAUGCCAGCGUGCAUGCGCAGAUCAAGCGUACAACAUCCCACGUCGAGAGCCGCUACGUCGACUGCGGAGACGACUUCGGUGGCGGCGUGAGCGAGCUGCUGUCCCCCUUCAUCGCGCGCCAUGGGCCUGGAGGAAACCGGGAGGUGAAGGUUGAAGGGAUUGAUUCGGACGGCCGACCAGCACGCUUCAAAUUCGUGCUGCACGAGGACAAGCUGGAGGAGUUCGAAGGGUUCGGCACCCACGAUGGCUGUGUGGAGGUUUGCACAGAGUUCGCUGAGGUGAUCGUGCACCAACUGGAGCACCGGCCUGGCGACCUGAACGGGAUGUCCGGCGCUAGGCUCUUCACCCCCGAUGAGUAUUGGCUAGAGCGUGGAGAGAGGAACCGCAGGUGCCUCGAGUGGCUUCAGUCGCUUGUCACGCUGUUCAAGGCCAACCUGACGGAUGAGAUCCUGCCAGGUAAGCCAUUAAGCAGCUUGGUUUUAAUAUCAGGCUACCUCGAUGCAUCGUUUCUAUUGCAUGUGAUGCUUCAAUGA